AUGGAGCCCUUUUCCUCUCGCUCCGAAACGCAUCGCUCCGCCAUCCCCCAGGCGGAGUUCGAGGGUUGGGCUGCCCACCCCAGGGUGGUACCCACCGUCAUCGCAUGGACGCAUGGCGGCAGCCACGUGGAGCUGGAGGGGAGCUGGGACAACUGGUCGCAGCGCCACGUCAUGCAGGCCUCCGGCAAGGACUACACCCUGGUGAAGCUGCUGACGCCGGGCAUCUACCAGUACAAGUUCAUCGUGGACGGCAUGUGGCGGCACGACCCCAACCUGUCGUCCAUGUUUGAUGAGGUGGGCAACAUCAACAACGUGCUGGAGGUGCAGGAGUACGUGCCCGAGAACCUGGACUCGCUGAGCGGGUUCGAGCCGCCGCCCUCGCCGCCCUCGUCCUACGCCUCCCCCGCCCCCGCCCCCGAGGAUACGGCCAAGGAGCCGCCGGCCAUGCCGCCCCAGCUCCAGCUCAGCCUGCUCAACGUGCCCCCGGCCCUGGACGCCAUCGCCGCGCUGCCCCGGCCCCAGCACGUGGUGCUGAACCACCUCUACCUCCAGCGCGCCUCCACCAGCACCAACGCGCUGGUGCUGGGCGCCACGCGCCGCUACCGCGCCAAGUAUGUCACCGUCGUCGUGUACAAGCCGCGGCGCCGGCGGCGGCCGGAGGGCUUCGGCGCGGGGACGGGGCACCCCGCCGGCACGGCGGCCGCUGCCAGGCACGGGCGCGGAACCUCGGCGCCCAUGGACGUCUCCUCCCCAGCUGCCUCGGGCGUGCACCAGGGGGAGCCGGCAUUGCGCCACCCCUCAGGCGGCUACUCCCCGCACGACCACGCCUCCAGCUACCAGGUCCCCGGCUUCUGA